GCUGGCCAAUGGUGAGCAGAGAGGGGCUGGAUUGGUGUGGACCCACGAUGCUCCUGCCUUUUAAACACGCUCCUGACUCCAAGUCCGCAGCUCAACUCGCACGAGAAAGAGCAGCGACGAGGCUCCGCUCGAGCAGCAGCAGCAGCAUCCCUCGCAGCUGGGAGCCCGACGUGGUCCCACAGCCGUGCCUGGAGGCCGUCGGACGUCGCUUACGUCCCUGCGCUAGAAGAACUGCAACCGCAGCUGUGGCCUGAUGCUGGAAUUAAGGAAGGUGCUGCUCCUGUCGACCCUCCUGGCUCUGGGCCGAGGCUCUGUGAGGAGCAGGAGCCAACCAGACAGGAGCAGGAGAGGGACCCUCAACACGUUCGCCGAUGCACAAACAGCAGGAGUGACGGAGUGGACGUCCUGGUUCAACAUCGACCAUCCUGGAGGAAAUGGGGACUACGAGCGGCUGGAAGCCAUCCGUUUCUACUACAGGGAGCGAGUGUGCGAGCGGCCCACGGCCAUGGAGGCUCGCACCACGGACUGGGUGGCAGCCGCCGACACGGGGGAGGUGGUCCACUCCAGCCUGGAGAAGGGCUUCUGGUGCGUCAACAGGGAGCAGCCCCUCGGCCGCAUCUGCUCCAACUACCACGUCCGCUUCCAGUGCCCCCCAGUACAGAGCUACUGGUCUGACUGGAGCGAGUGGGGUCCCUGUUCGACCACAGCCUGCAACGACGUCGGCGUGCAGGUCCGCCAGAGGAAAUGUGUGAGCACCCAGCCCAUGCCUCUGCUGCUGGUGCCAGCGUGCCAGGGCCACCAGUCAGAGAGGAGGGAGUGCUCCACCCCCAUGUGCAUCGCCAAGUGGGGUCCGUGGGCCGAGUGGGGGGGGUGCUCGGCGACCUGCGGCGGAGGCCGCAGGAUCAGGAGGAGGACGUGCGUGAGGACCUCGCUGAGCGUGCAGUGCGCCGGGCGGCACGUUGAGGUGCAGAAGUGCGGGAAGAGUCCGUGUCCAGCCAAAUGUCAGCUGGCGUGCAGCGAGGGGGAACCCAGUCCGGACUGCAGCCGCUGUGCGUGUGAGGGCCACGUGCUGCACGGGGAGGUCCAAAGUGUGACGGGGGUCCCUGUGGGGGGGGCCUCGGUGGCGCUGGCCAACCGGCCCCAGGUGGUCCUGACCCGCUCCGACGCCACGGGGCGGUUCCGGCUCCCUGGCGUCUGCUCCUCCAGCUCCAGCUUGAUCUUGGUCAGGAAGGAGAGGUUCUCCCCCGUGACCGCAUCCAGCUCCAGCAACAGCACAGGGAGGUCCUGGGUCCGGGCCGUGCUCAAAUCAGCCGAAAAGCCGUACGUCGUCAAGCACCCCGAGGACAAAGUGCGCUACGAAGGGGGGCGGGUGCUGCUGUGCUGCAAGGCGACAGGAUCCCCCACGCCUGAUAAAUACUACUGGUACCACAAUGGGACUCUGCUGGACAGGAAGGCGUACAAGUACGAGGAGGACCUAGUGCUGCGUGACCUGAAGAUGGAGCAGUCAGGGGAGUACUACUGCAAAACCAGCAGCCCCGCAGGCAGCAUCAAGUCCUCUCCAGCCCUCCUCACUGUGAUAGCCAAGGGAACACCGGCAUGUAACUCCACCCCUGAGAUGCACCUCAUCCGGCUGCCAGUUGACUGUGUCCAAACUGGCACCGACUCCAGGUUCUACAACGCUGGUCACUGCCCCCACAACCUAUGUGCUGGCUCCUUAGACUACGACCUGCGCUGCCGAGAUGGGGGCGGGUUCUGCUGUGGAGUUCAGAGCAUGGAAAGCCGAAUCAUUGACUGUGGGAGCUACAGCCUUCCCAUCCGGGCCGUGACCCAGUGCGGCUGUCAGAAAUGUGUGCAUCCCAACGUGCUCGUUCGCGGCAGGGUGGUGACGGCCGACAAUAACGAGCCUCUGCGCUUUGGACACAUCUAUAUUGGGAAGGAGAGAGUGGGCACGACUGGAUACCAAGGCGGCUUCACUUUAAACGUCACUCCGGAUACGCAGAGACUAGUGGUGAAUUUUGUCGACCCGUCUGAGAAGUUUCUCGACACUCCCAAGGUGUUCGUCUUAGACAAGAAGGGUGGGUCCAUUUACUAUGACGUGAAAGUGAUGAGGAAGCAGACACCAAUCAGCAUCAAUUCAGGGGAGACUAACUCUAUCAGCCUGGGAGAAAUUAAAGGGGAGGACCCCAUUGGUCAGCUGGUCAUUCCUCCCAACUCAUUCCAUAAGGACAAUGGAGAAAUCUACGAGGGGACGGUACGAGCUAGCGUCACAUUCAUCGACCCAAGGAACAUAACCACGGCAGCGGCAGCGCCGGGCGACCUCAACUUUGUCAACGAUGAAGGCGACAUGCUGCCUCUGAGGACCUAUGGCAUGUUUUCAGUGGACUUCCGGGAUGAGACCAACAAGGAGGUGCUCGGAGCUGGAGCAGUCCAGGUCCACCUUGACACGCAGCAUGUCAAAAUGCAGGAGCACAUUCCCAAAAUGAAGCUGUGGUCGUUAAAUCCAGACACGGGGGUCUGGGAGGAAGAGAGUGACUUCUCCUACACCACCAGCACUGGCAGCGGGAGGAGCAAACGGGAGGAACGCACCUUCCUCAUAGGAAACAUGGAGAUCAGAGAGCGCAGGCUUUUCAAUCUGGACGUGCCUGAAAACAGACGGUGCUAUGUCAAAGUGCGGGCGUACAUGAGCGACAAGUUCCUUCCUAGCGAGCAGCUGGAGGGUGUCGUGAUCAGCCUAAUCAACCUGGAACCCAAGCCCGGUUAUUCCUCCAAUCCCAGAGCAUGGGGUCGCUUUGACAGCGUCAUCACCGGACCCAAUGGGGCCUGUUUACCAGCUUUUUGUGACGCCCAGAGGCCCGAUGCUUACACUGCUUACGUCACUGCAAUGAUGGGUGGGGAAGAGCUUGAGGCAGCUCCUUCCUCCCCUAAGAUGAAUCCAAACAUAAUUGGAGUGUCUCAGCCGUAUCUUGAUAAAAUAGACUACCAGAGAUCAGACCACGAGGAUCCAGCUCUGAAGAAAACAGCCUUCAGAAUUAACCUGGCAAAACCCAACCAGAACAAUCUUGACGAGACCAACGGGCCAAUUUAUCCAUAUCAGAAUUUAAUCGGUUGUGAGAAUGCCCCAGUUGAUGCAAACCAUUUCAGAUUCUUCAGGGUGGAAAAGGAUAAAUAUGAAUAUAACGUUGUCCCCUUUGAGGAGAGCGACUUGACGACCUGGACAGGAGACUACCUCUCCUGGUGGCCAAAUCCCCAAGAAUUCAGAGCAUGCUAUAUUAAGGUCAAGGUUCAAGGACCAAAGGAAGUUAUGGUUCGGUCAAGGAAUCUGGGAGGAACGCAUCGGGAGACGAAGGGCAAACUUUACGGCAUCAGGGACAUCCGCAGCACCAGGGACAUGCGGGAAGCCAACACCUCUGCAGCCUGCGUGGAGUUCAAAUGCAGCGGCAUGUUGUUCGAUCAAGCGCAGGUGGACCGAUCGCUCAUAUCUAUCCUUCCACAGGCGAACUGCCGGAGGAUCAGCAUCAACAACCUCCUACAAGAAUACCUUACUAAACAUCCCCCGGUCGCUCAAAACAACGAUUCCCACGCGUUCAACAUGCUAGCCCCAGUCGAUCCACUGGGACACAACUAUGGCAUCUACACAGUCACAGACCAGAAUCCCCGGGUGGCCAAGGAGAUUGCCAUCGGACGCUGCUUCGAUGGCACCUCGGACGGCUUCUCCAGGGAAAUGAAGUCCGACUCUGGCGUGGCGUUGACUUUCAGCUGUCCAGAGAGGAAGAUCACCAGGGAGAGCCUCUUCCAGCGCCUGCAAACCAACCCAGGGCAAACACUCUCUCAAAUGGCCAGGGACAUGAGGGAGUCCGAGGGUCUGCAAGUGCAGAGGUCGUCCACUCGGCUGAUGGCUUAUCCGUCAGAGCAGCAAGGCAGGACCCAGAGUCGCAGAGUGGCUUCUUUAACCAGGAGGAGAGUGUCCAUGCGCGCACAGCAACCCCAGUAGAUGUUCUGUCAAGACUGAUGCAGUGGUUUCAUGCCAAGAAAGUAAACUUUCUCUUUUUCUUGAAUUUUGAGAAUCACAACAGUGAUUAGGCAAAGUGGGACUGGAAAUAAUUAUUAGUGUUAAACUUACUUGAAGGGUUUGGGUUUUUUCCUUCACUCCUGAAAGUCACCUAUAAUUUGAUGCAACACAGUGGCUGGUAUUUAUUUAAUUGGCUUUAAAUGAAUAGACUAAACUGACAGGUGGAGAAUGUAACUUUUGUAGAUUUAGUCAGUGACAUGUGGAUGUUUUUGCUCACGUCAGCCCCCAAACACUUCAUAAUUCGACAAACUUGUGUCUAAGCUCCAAACGGAGAGCCAAUGAAUGCUCCAUUGUCUACAGCAGACACCGAGCUCCACUUCUCCAAAGUGGGAAAAGUCAAAAACGGCAGCGUGGUGUUUUCGUGCCACCCAGCGAACAGAGGAUGCUUUCAGUCAUGCUCUCUAAUGUGUUUCACCAGCGUGCCACAUUUCCAGCUGUGGUUCAGCCAAACAUCCUUCCACACCUCCUGAAAGUGUGCAAGGCCAAGUUGUUUGCCAACGCAAGCACGGCUCUCGCUGGUAGCAGGAACUCAAAUAUGUAGAUAAUUGGUUGCAUGCUAUGACAUAAUUUCCCGCUGCCCCCUGCACAUUGUGAAUUAGCACAUCAGCAAAAAAUAUCCCUGAAUAUGCAGCAUUUCAUUUACUGGGAGUCAUUAACAGGUAGUUUGGGGUAAUAUGUUGAAGUGCAAUAACAAUGUAGUUUAAUUUAACUUUAGACUUCUCAAACAAUAGCAUGAGACAAAACAUUGCAAGCUACUGGUAAUUUACCAGUUAAAUCGUUCUCUGAACUCAUCUAAUAAUCUCUUUACGCGCCGCUCUUUACUGCCGCCGCAGUAAUGUCUUUCAGAAUCUUCCGACAUCCAGCUUGUUAGUGGGAGGUAAAACUCUCAGCAGACUCUUCUCUUCAUUAGCAAAAUACCCAUUUAUUUACAUGACACACUACAAAAAGUGACAGUACUGUAUGUGUAGCAAUACGUCUACAGCUUAGUAGAUAUUCUGAGGUAAACAAGUAUAACGUCUCUUAAUUGUUUAUAAUUAGGUAAAACUUUAUGAUGAAAGCUUGAACCUUAUCCACACAGUGGUCUCUGGCAGACCCACCAUGGAAGCCCUUCAAGAUGAACUAAUCCAGAGGCCAACAAGAAGCGACAGAGGAGGAACCAGGAGAGGCAGACAAAUAAACAUAAGCCUGCUGUUAAUUAGAGAAAUAAAUUACAUAUUCUCCUGAGAACUAUUAAUACAGUCACACCUGACGUUCCCAAACAGCCAAACAAGGUGCCAGGAAACAGAGGAUGAAGUUAGGUAAUCAACAACACAGUGGGCCCAGGAGGACGAGGCUCACACUGUACGGCUUCCACCAGUAGGAUUUAUUUCUAGUGUGCAAUAGUUGGCGAGGCUUAAAAGGAGCCGUUUUCCAUUGUGUACUGGCCAACACACUUCAAAAAACAUUAUAAAUGGGGAAAAUAUAGAAUGAUGGCUUUUGGUACUUCCAGUAUUAUCACAGACCUCUGUAAUCACAGGUCUGUGGGCCAACCGUGACAGAACCGUUCAAAUCUCCAGAAGAAAACAAAUGCUUCCCCGCAGCAGACAUAGCAUCCACCCUGCAUGACAGAUAAGGAUUGAAUCCAGGUGUUGGAGGAGAUAAGUCCUUUAAAAUAGGGCGGCGCAUGAGGUCAGCUGUGGAGCCCAACAGCUGUAGAGCAACUGCAGGAAAUGUUAGAGCGAAGACAUCAAGAGAAAGAGCAGCGAGAUUAUCGAGUGAAAUAUUUAAUCAUCUUGGGGUAAAGGGAAAGAAGAAAGGAAAAUAUUAGUGGUCUUUGGCCCCACAAUCCAUUACUUACAGAACCAGGGGCUCUGAAAGUGGUUGCACAUGGAAGAAUGCAGUUUUCCCAACACAAAUGCUUUGACAGCAGAAUUGGUUUAUUCAUGAGGAGACGUUAUUGGGGGACUUUGAGCGACAAGGUAACAAUAAUAGCUUGAGUAAACCGUAAUGUCUGUGCGAGUAAGCUGUUCGUUUGUCUUUGGGGGAACUUCAAAGGAGAUUCGAGAACCUCUGCACCGCUUGGUUUAAUGACUUAAGAAAAAGUUUCCAAAGUCUUUUGGGUCUGAGUCUAACAGAUAAAACACAUAGUAAAGAUUCAUUUUUAAUGGAAAGAAAAUGUUUACCUACCGUGGCUCUGUGGGAAUGUCAGUAGGGUUUUAUUUUUACAUGGAGCUAUUAAACAUUACCCUCUCAAAUAUGGCUUUAUACAGUAGAGCCUUCUAAGCCCUUUAAAGGGAUAUUUCACAUAGCAACAUGUAGUUUACACGCCGCACGCCUCUGUCAGGGCCUGGUAUUCUCAUGGCAAAAGAUGAGGAUGUCACAACAACACAUACAGGCAGCAUGCUGGCAUCAGACUUGAGUUAUGCUUGAAAGGAAGCCAAUUUUCAGCCGGCCAUCACCAGAACCUUUACGGUAAUGACUGAAUGAAACUUUUAUAGUUCUCAUUAUCUCUACCUAUAACACAACUAGGUUUCCUCUUCUGUAAAGAUCAGCUGGUCUCAGGGAGAUCAUAAUUUAUUCUGGAUGUCGUCCUUGAACCUCUAGACAACUUUGUGGAAUACAAAGACAGAUGCUGUAUCUGUGUGCCAGAUAUCACCCUGAGCUACUAAAAUCACAAACAAACUCUUUAUAGUCGUCUGUAAGCGCUUACGUAUUGCAUGGUAAUGCUGUUCUCUGAUUUAAGUUUUUAUGUGUAAAUUGUGUAUUGUUUGAAGUCCACUACAAUUGUACGAACAAGAAUCUGUAAAUAAAUGAUUUUGUGUAAA